AUGGCCUAUAAUGGUGGAGGAUUCUAUCCCCAACAACAGACGGGCGAUUAUAAAGAAGGCUACCCUCCACCAGGUCAAGGCUAUCCGCCGCCUAAUCAACAAUAUGGGCCCCCUCAAGGGUCGUUUUCUGGAGGGUUCCAACCCCAACCGGGUUAUCCCCAACAACAAGGAGGCUAUGGCUAUCCUCCUAACCCCAACACUCAGCAACCUCAAGGAGGCUACUAUCAACCUCAACAACAGCCUCCUCCACCUCAGCAGAACGACGAAAGAGAAAGUUUUGCAGAAAGUUGCGCCAAAACUUGUUGCUGCUGUCUGGCUGGAUAUUGCUUGUGCGACGCCCUGUGUAACAUGUUGUGCUGCUUAUGUGAUGUUUUCUCCUAA